AUGAAUGCCAUCUUCACUGCUUCAGCUCUCUCUCUUCCAUUUUUUCUUGGAGCUUCCAAAUUUGACACCAGAAGGGAUUUGAAAUGUAGAUUUAAAGUGUUUGCUGUAUUUGGAGAAGAAGAGAAGAAAAAUGCAUGGGGUGCGCUGUUUGAUGUUGAGGAUCCGAGAUCUAAGAUUCCACAGAAUAAAGGGAAGGUUUUGGAUAUCUAUCAAGCCCUGGAAGUGGCAAGACAUGAUAUUCAGUACUUAGAUUGGCGAGCUCGGCAAGAUGUACUUACAAUCAUGCUCCUCCAUGAAAAGGUAGUUGAAGUUCUCAAUCCUCUAGCUCGUGAAUAUAAAUCAAUUGGGACCCUGAAAAAGGAGCUAGCUGAGUUGCAGGAUGAAUUAGCACACGCACACAGACAGGUUCAUAUAUCUGAAGCAAGGGUUACCACUGCUUUAGAUAAGCUUGCAUACAUGGAAGAAUUGGUAAACGAUAGGCUGUUGCUAGACAGAAGCACAGCUGAAAUUUCCCAAACAACAUCUUCUCCCAGUACAUCUGCGAAUUCUCUAGUUACAGAAAAGAGAAGGCAGCCACGGAAAAGCUUGAAUGUAUCAGGCCCGGUUCAGUCGUACCAUCCCCACUUGAAGAAUUUCUGGUACCCUGUUGCUUUCUCUAGCGACUUGAAGGAUGAUACCAUGAUCCCAAUAGAAUGUUUUGAGGAACCAUGGGUUAUCUUCAGAGGGAAAGAUGGAAAGCCUGGAUGUGUCCAGAAUACUUGUGCACACAGAGCCUGUCCUCUGCACCUUGGUUCAGUAAAUGAGGGUCGUAUCCAAUGCCCCUACCAUGGCUGGGAAUAUACCACUGAUGGAAAAUGUGAGAAAAUGCCAUCUACUCGACUUCUAAAUGUGAAAAUAAAGUCAGUUCCAUGCUUUGAAAAAGAGGGAAUGAUCUGGAUUUGGCCUGGCAAUGACCCACCAACAGCCACCCUUCCAUCUUUACUACCUCCUUCUGGAUUUGAAAUCCAUGCUGAGAUUGUGAUGGAACUUCCAAUCGAACAUGGUUUACUUUUGGACAAUCUUUUAGAUCUUGCACAUGCCCCUUUUACUCACACGUCAACAUUCGCUAAGGGAUGGAGUGUUCCCAGCUUGGUGAAAUUUUUGACACCUGCGUCUGGCCUGCAAGGAUACUGGGAUCCUUAUCCUAUUGAUAUGGAGUUUCGACCACCUUGCAUGGUUCUAUCAACCAUUGGAAUUUCAAAGCCGGGGAAACUGGAAGGACAAAAUACCAGGGAAUGUUCAACGCACCUGCACCAACUUCAUGUCUGUUUACCAUCUUCAAAACAAAAGACAAGAUUGCUAUAUAGAAUGUCACUGGAUUUCGCUCCUCUGCUUAAGCAUGUACCUUUAAUGCAAUAUCUAUGGAAGCAUUUCGCAGAACAGGUUUUAAAUGAGGAUCUACGGCUAGUGGUGGGGCAGCAAGAGCGAAUGAACAAUGGUGCAAAUGUAUGGAAUUUUCCAGUAUCCUAUGACAAGCUUGGGGUGAGAUACAGAAUGUGGAGAGAUGCAUUGGAGCGAGGAGCUAAACAAUUACCAUUCACCUCAAUAGAUCAAAUACAGAAUUAA